AUGAGUCAAUUUGGAGGAGGUGCAAAUCCCUUUGGGGCACCCUCGGGGAUGGGUGGCGGUAAUCCCUAUGAACAGCAACAACAGCCCAGCUAUAGUUACGAUCAAACCGCAAGUUAUGGACAAGAUGCCAGUUAUGGGCAAGAUACAAGCUAUGGACAAGAUGCUGGUUAUGCUCAAAGUACAGGUGGCAUGCCAGGACAGCAGCCCUUUGUAGCCAGACCUCGGGUAGAUGUGGAUGCUGAGGGAGAAGUUGAUCCAACACUUUACCCCGAACCCAAGGAGGGUACCCACAAAAUUCGUGGCCAUUCGGAUAUUAUUGAAAUGCUAUUCGGCCCCACCGAAUACGAAUUAAUACCCGUUAAGGGUUUUUAUUUUUUCUUUUAUGCCGCCUUUGGUUCUCUGUUUCCCUUGAUGGGUGUUUAUUUCAAACAAAUGGGCAUGAAUCCCGGCCAGUGUGGCAUACUUAUAGGCAUGCGUCCAUUUGUGGAAUUUUUAUCGGCUCCCUUUUGGGGUUCCUAUGCGGAUAGAUGCCGUCGCGGUAAAGUUUUAUUGUUGGGCUCUUUAGCUUGCUGGGUUUUGUUUACCAUACCUUUGAGCUUUAUCAAGCCGGAACCGGUGAAAUGUUUAGAGCGCAACCAAACAGAUUUCGUGUUAACAUAUACGCGCACCAAACGUGAUUUGUCUGCAUUUAAUUCAUCCGAAUUGAAGGACGAUAGUGGAGAAGUUUUAGAUAAUCACGCUGCCCUUGUUGGUUUAAAUAGCAUGCCUGCUAAUGAAGUCGCUGAAGAGUCGCAUAGAAGACGCAAACGCUCCUUUAUACCUCAUAUUGAUGCUGGUAUCUCCCCCAUACACAUUAAUUUCGUUAGCAAUUAUGAUGAGAAACAACACAGUGACUAUGUAACUCCCAUAUUUUCCAGUAUGGUCUAUAGGACACCGGACAUCCAAAAAGCUUUCUUCCUUUUGCUAUUGGUCAUUUUAAUUGGAGAAUUUUUCAGUGCCCCUGCUGUAACCCUGGCCGACUCGGCCGUUAUAACUCUUCUGGGAGACGAUGCGGAUAAAUAUGGCCACCAACGUAUGUUCGGCUCAUUGGGCUGGGGUAUUUCUAUGUUUGUUGUGGGCAUUGUUUUGGAUCAUUCCACCUCGUUCUCUCAUCAUCCCUGCGGUGCUGGUCAUAUGGAGAAGAACUAUAAUGUGUGUUUUGCCAUAUUCACGGUUCUCAUGACGGGCGCUAUAAUCUGCGCUUCCAAAAUUACCUUUAAAUAUGAGCCCAUUGAAUUGGAAACCCAAAAUCCAGAGGAUGUUAUUGAUCCCAAUAAGAAGGCCGAGGAGGAGUCUAUGAAUCAGUUGGCGGCACAACUAAAUUUGCCUUCAUUAGCUGUGGGUGCUGGAUCUACGGGUCCCACUACCGCCAGCGGUGGUUUCUUAGGUGGAGGCACUGGUGGACCUAAACCUCAAAUUGGUGCCGAAUCGAAAUUGUUUGCUCAAACCACCAAGGAAUUACCCGAAUGGAUGACAGUGUUUACUUAUUUCAAGGACAUAAAGACAGCCUCAUUCUUAUUUGUUGCCUGGUAUAUGGGCUUUGGCAUUGGCUUGAUAUUCACUUUCUUGUUCUGGCAUUUGCAAGACUUUGGCGGUACUCCCACAUUGUUUGGCGUGGCCUCGGUCAUCAAUCAUGUUUCGGAAAUUUUCGCCUAUUUCUUUAGUUUCCGUUUAAUCACCCAAAUUGGUCAUGUGAAGGUGUUGUGUUUGGGUUUGAUGGGCAAUGUAUUGCGUUUCCUGUAUAUAUCCUACAUAAGUAAUCCCUGGAUGGUGUUGCCUUUUGAAUUGAUGCAGGGUAUAACUCAUGCUGCCGUUUGGGCUGCCUCCUGUUCGUAUAUAGCUCAUAAUACACCCAAGCAUUUGAGAGCCUCGGCUCAGGGCGUUUUACAGGGCAUACAUCAUGGUUUGGGACGUGGAUGUGGUGCGAUUAUUGGUGGUAUGUUUGUGACAUACUAUGGCACCACGAAUACCUUCCGUUGGUAUGGCAUCUGCUGUCUGUUUGUGUUGGGUCUGUUUAUAUUCGUGAACUUUUAUCGCAAGGAGCAAGGUUUUAUCUCGGAUAUACCCGUAACAGAAGAUCCUCAUCAGGUGGCUGAAGAGACCUCCCAUUUGGCUCCUCAUGGUGUGCCCAGUAAUCCUAUACCUCGCGCUUUGUCCAAUACGCGACUCAAUGAAAUGAAUCCCAAUGGCGGCACUGGCAAUACAUAUGGUACUUAUCAGACCAGUGGUGGUAAUCUGGAUAUACCCGGUGCCAGUAAUCCAUUUGGUACCCAAUAAGAGUAUUAAACAGGUAAUCUUUAGUUC